CAAAUUUUGCAAAUGGCGGCUAUUUACAAAUGUAGGGAAUAGUUGUAAUAACAAAAAACAGAAAAGUAGACCUUGACUGUAAAAUUUAUAUUCAUUAUUCAUCGCUCGAACUUUCCUUUGACAUUGAUAUGGUAAGCAUUCGUUUUAAGAUGAUGCUUUAAUUGUCUACUGUAGUCGUAGUGGACUAGGCAUUUGAUCUAAAAGCGCCACCAACUAUUUAGAAUUACCCACUCUCUGCCACUCACGACUAACACAGUAACAGUAAUAAGUUAGGGCUAAUGUGAGGAGAUAGCACCUUGACGUCCUUUGUGUGUUUUGUCCCUGGUUCCGAUAGGGUCAAAACCCAAGUUAGGGAUAAGUUUUGGGUUCAGGUUAGGUUUAGGGAUAGAUUUUGAUUUAGGGUUCUGGUUAGGCUAGUUUGAGGGAUGAAUUUAGGACAUCAAAAGAUAAGUCAUAAGUUCGCAGCAAACGCGGUGCUAUCUCUUCACAUUUACUACUUUUUUCCCCACAUGCUACCAUAACCAUCUUAGUUCCCAUGACGGCAGACCUGUCACAACAAGAAAGGUGGCGGCUCUGUCUGUAAAAAGUAAAAAAGGUAGUGCAAAAUUAUUUUUAAAAACAUGCACAUUUAAUGAAAUUUUUUUAAAGACAAAUCUGAAACUGUUUGUACCCUGAAUGCUAAGUCAGGAUCCCUAACUCAAGCUUCAAUUCAGUCCACCCUAACAGAACUUGAGUGCAAAUUCACUUCUUAAUUUAGUCCUCCCUCCCAACUAAUGGCUUAUGAUAAUGCGAACCCUUACCAUGUUUUCAAGUGCUACAAUUACUAUACUUUGUACUGUACUGAGAAAAUCUGAAAUUUGAAUAGAAAGAAUAGAAUUUUUGUUUAAAUCUUCAAAAUAAUGAAAACCCAACUUGCUUUUACUUACAGUUUCAUUGAAUAGGGCCUACACUUUACACACUUUAUUGAGUGUUCCACCAAAGUACAAGCCAAAAGUGGUCAGAAAAAUCAAUACUCAUUCCAAAAUGCUGGGCUCAUUUUGAUUAUUAUAAUUAACCACCCAAUGAAUAUUAAUUUAAAACCUUUCAUUGGCAUAUUAAUAUUAAAAAACCAAAAGUUAACUCUAGAAACAAUACAAGAAAAAAUGAAAGGGAGAGAUUCCUUUACAGAAACUCAAAUGGCACUGAUUGCGUAAAUUGACCUUAAGUCUUAAGGGUAGUAGUAAGUCACUAAACUAAACUAAGAUUCUAAGAUGUGUUAACUUAUUAGUCGUCUUAGCGUAGUCAGUUGAGUGUAGGAGUAGUCACUUGAGUGUAAGUGUAGUCAAUUGAGUGUAAGAGUAGUCAGUCUCCAGUUAAAACACUACUCUACAUGGUUGUCAAUAGUAGUAGGCUGGUUGUGGAACAAGUUUAGUAGUAGUAGGCAGUUUGCUGGGUAGUAUAAAUUUUACACUAAUAACUAAUAGAUAUGAUUGUGAUAUAUUAAAUAAAUUUGGCCUACUAAUUAGGUAAUUUACCACUUCAGCAUCACUUAUUCAAAAAUCUCGUUGUUCCAGUUUGAUUGAAGAGCUAUUUAAACAGUUAUUCUUUUAUUGAUGCCUGUUAAUAGGAAAUACCACUGUAGAGAGAGGGCCACUGGGUUUUCGGUAACAUAGAAAGAGAAAGUGGGGACUAUUUUCUCAUUGAAGUGCCAGGCGGACAAGCCAUCACUUUAAAGGAGUGCAUAUGCUCACUUAUUGUGUCGAACGAAUAUUCGUCUUAUGAAAACAUAAACGAUUUUAAUUGUUACAAGUUUUCUAUCGUAACAAAUGUGUCUUGGAUUAUUUUUUAGAUGUACUGAAAUGAUUGUGUACAAUGGCAUUAAAAAAUUUCCAUUUAUUUUGUUCAGUAAAAGAAUUUUAUCUUAUUAAUAAAAGAAUAACUGUUUCAAAGCGGAACAACACGAUUUUUUUAAUAACCAACGCUGAAGUGGUAGCUUACCUACAUUUAGAUUGUGUUGUAAAAUGCUGUUAUAGUCCAAAAGUAAGGUACUCAUUCAGGCUCAGGUACUAGUGCUGAGUAAAAUAUGCUUUGGCGAAUUUAAUUCUUUCUUUAAAUGUUGAAAUCAAAAUAGGGAAAGGGUAUUUAAUGAAUCAUAAACUUAUAUGCAUAAUUUGUUUUUUUAAUAUUGAGCUUACUUCUUCUUAGUUAUGAACUAUCCAAUAAAUGAUAAUAAUGUCCCUUUAUUUUGGAUGAAUUUAAACAAUAGUGGACUUUUGAGGGUGAGGGGUAUAUUAAUUUAAUUUGCCAAAACAGUAUUUUACCCAAUUACUGAGUAAGGCUUAUGGUAUUUUAGCAUCCUAAAUUCAAUUUAGGCCUAUUUAAAUUUAAUAGGCUAUUGUUAUGUUUUUUAAAUAUCAUUUUAUUUUUAUUAUUUAGGCCUAUGGCUGUGGGUUUUUAUUAUUCCAAUCAAUUCAAAUAAUAAUAAUAAUUAGUGGUCUUUUAUAGCGCUGUAGCCCAGACUAGGGGGCUGGGCUCACCACGCUGUACAUAAAAAUAUUAUCAAAGAGACAUAACAGAACAGCAACCAUUUAACUUAAUGAAUUGUACUAAACCAGAAAUUAAGCUCCAGCCAUCUUUAGUCAUUUACCCUUACUUAAUUUCAAUAUUCAUUUUGGUCUGGAGCUAGAUGAACUAGAGGUACUCUUUUAAAGCUAAAGAAAGCAUAAACAUCCAGUUGACAGCAAGUAGGCUAAUCAAUAACUCAUUUAUUCAUUUCAAAUUCUCUUUAACUAUUAAAAUCAAAUAUUACUUAACUUAAUAAUUAUUAUUAUUCUUAUUGGGUUUUUUUUUUAUAUAGCCCAACACCCCAGCCUAGGAAUAUGCUUGCAUUUUCAAUGUGCUUUUAGUUUAUUCUGCCAUGAAAUGGGAGAUAACAAGUAAAUAAUUAAUUGCACUAAAAUACAAGAAAUUGUAAAGUACCUCUAAUUUACUAGUCUAAAAUACAAAAUUACCUUAUCUGUUUCUCUUUAAGUGUAUAGCAUCUGUAGGCAUUGUUUAAUGUUGCUGUCCUAUUCCAGAACUCUUAAUAUACAAAAAUAUGAUGAGCUAGUAAUUUAAUUUUUGAAUGAACUGAAAUAGCCUGGAUAGGGUAUUGAGCCCCACUAAGUAUACUUGUUUCCCAAGCCAAAAUUUUUUGCCUUUAAAGCUCAAGCCCCAUGGGCAUGAGGUGGUUGGCUUAUGAGCAGGUUAAAGGAAUUUUUUUUAAUUUACUCCAAAUUGAAUUAAAAAAAUUGUUAUUGUAGACACCAAAGUAUCUUUUGAAAGUAUUUUCUAACAACAAAAACCAUCAUCUAAGUCAGGGGUGGCCGGCUCACUGCCGCAUAGGACCCACCACAUCAAAUAGUGUGGCCUGAUUAGUCCUAAAUAAACUUAUUUGUUCUUUAUUCAGUUGAAAAAGUAAUGCAAUCUAAAAAGAUAAGUGAUAAAAAAGCUAAUAUGACAACAUAUUGGUUUAGUUUUAUUUAACAUUUCAUUAUGUGCAUUUAAGAAGAGGUAAAUAUUUCUAUACAGCAUAUAUUGUUUAUUUUAAUAUAAGGUGUAAUGACAUGCCGCUAGCGAACUGUUUACUCAUGCCACUAGCGAACUGUUUACUCAUGCCGCUAGCGAACUGUUUACUCGCUAAUAUUCAAAGUGACCCACAAAGCCUUUUGGGUUGGCCACCCAUGAUCUAAAUGAUAUCAAAAAGUCAUGUUCACUUGAGGCUUAAGACAGUACUAUUAGUUAGCUAAAUGUUUUAAUUGGAACAUAACAUUCAGAGUGCCAUCCUGUACGGUUUAUCUGUACCUUUUUUACAGUUUUUAUUCUUUUGUCACGUUGUACAGCUGUGCAGACUUUUUACGUCUUUUUACUGGAUUUAGAAAAGAAAUAUUUUUGCACAUGAUACACUUUCAAAACUGGCUUGCAAUAAAUUCAACAUUGGACAGCAAAAGCUUAAAUCAUUUUGAUCCGUUCAAAAUGACCACAUUGAGAAUGUAAAUGUAGGCCAUCUGAAUUUAGAAACAACAUGGUUUCAUAGGUAUCAUUUGUUAACAAUAAGAAAGGGUGGUACCGGUACCCUAUCUUAUAUGCAUGCCUAAUGUUCUUGCAGAGGAGAAGUCAGGCACCAAGUCAGAGAGGACAGACGGUUCAAAAGAGAUAUAUUGACAUUGAUGCAGAUCUUGGAAAAAGGAAUGGAGUAUGUUUCAGAAUUUGUAUUUCAAUUACUAAUUUUUAAUUAUUGAUACGAAGGUUAAUUUGUUUAGUCCAUUUGGUAAAUGUUACUUUGAACCAUCCAUUCCAGUAACUGAAAGAUGUGUGUCAGUUGAGCAUGUUUUGUCUAUGUUACUUUGAUAAGGGCCCCUAUUUAAAGUCAGUUGGUUGAGUUUCUCAGCUAUAGAACAUAAUGAAUGAAAUUUUGAAGUUAUUUUAACCUUAAAAUAAAGAACUAUUCUACUGUUAUUAGUAUUAUGAAUGAUUAAAUGUUAAAAUGACAGGGUAUUUUCUAAAGGAACAUGAACGCUUAAGCAUUUAUUUUUACCUAUUAUGUUUGGUCCUAGGUUAAACGCCACAAAACAUGCCCAACAUACAGCCAACAAGAGCAUAUGUCACCCUAUCGUCAAGCCCUGACAGUAAUAAUACCUGACAACAUCUCCUUGUCUCAUGUAAGUACAGAUGUGAAUUAUGUGAUGUUAAUCUUAGUUGAAAGUUUGGAGAAAAAAAUAUUUCCCUAAAUAAAUAUCAGGUAUAGCUUUUGUAAUUAAUUCUACUUCAUUAUUUGACUGAAAGCUGAUAUUACUGCUCUUAUUUACAGGAAGACCUAAUCAAGAAGAUUUUAUCAAAGCCAUUUAAAGUUCCUUUACCUAAUUAUCAAGGUAAAUUGUAAAAUGAAGUUAAUGUAUAAAUAAAUAAUGAUGUUGGUGCCAAUUUCUAAAUUUUGUUUACACACUGAAAAUCUCCAAAAAUAUUUUCAUUUUAAAAAAAAAAAAAAAUGCUUAUUUGACACAGCUCUGAUCUGUCUUUAAAGUUAUUAUACAUGCACACAACUUCAGAUGUUUCACAUAGCUCUGAUCUGUCUGUAAAGUUAUUAUACAUGUUCAGUGCACACAACUUCAGAUGUUUCACAUAGCUCUGAUCUUUCUGUAAAUCAUUAUACAUGUUAAGUCAAUACAACUUCAGCAUACUAACUUAUGUUUUGGUGUUAAUUGCUGGUAAAAAAAAAACUUAAUUUAACAAUAACACAAAUUCAUCUUUUUCCUGACAAUUUUUACCAUCAACGCUAAUAGAUUGCAAGUUAACUAGUGUUCAUUAAUGCCUAUAAGGCAUUCUGAUAAAAUUCUUUAUGAAAAAAUGGUAAAUUUAAGUCAUUUUCUGUCUGACCUGCAGUGGUAAACAUACCCUGAAGGUAAUGAGCAAUAUUUUAAAAUUCCUAUUUAGGUCUUGGUUUCAACAGAGCCCUGGGUGUCCGUCGACAAGGAGCUCGGCAACCACUGCACGAUCCCUUUGAGGAAGGUGCUCUUGUGCUUUAUUCCCCGCCAGAAAUGUCUGCCCAUGAACAGAUGAAGACUGAUAUGUAAGUUAUAUUUAUUUAUUUAUUUAUUUAUUUAUUUAGGCAUUUUUUAUAUAGCGCUUACCUUAAAGCUCUAAGCGCUUUACAAUUAUUAAAAACAUGUAAACUAAGUAACAUAAAAAUGAGACACUAGGAUAGUAACUACUAUACUAUAGAAACAAUUAAAAUGGUUAUAAAACGAGGACACUUUGGCACGUUUUGGCCUAAACUACAGGAACUGGUCCCAUUUAUCUUGUAUUAGAUAUUUCACAUCUAAUUAAAAUUGUCAAUUUUAUUUCAAAUUUUCUUUUUAAAAAUUGACCAUUUUAUUUUGUUGUUUUUUUUUAUUUUAUCUAUUUUAUAUUUGUUUGGCUUGUUUUUUCAGAGAAAAGUUGCCAGUUCAUGUGGUAGUUGAUCCUAUUUUAUGUAAAGUUCUUCGACCACAUCAAAGAGAGGUAAAGCUUUAUUGUAAAGCUUAAGCUAAAAUUAUUCCACGGGUGGGGUGCCUUUACUAUUCCAAUACAACAUCUCACUCAUUGGGCCAAGGGUCUCUGGGAUUCUAAUCUCAGCAACAGGAAAUGUUGACACAAGUUUUGAGCCCACCUGUGAGUUAAACAGCUAACUAUGGACGCUAACUCCAGCUGCAUGCUGGGAAAAGAUUUGCUUGGAAAUCUGGGCAAAAAACUUGGGACAACACAAAACCAUGAGAACACACAAUCAUGGGAAACCACAAAAUGUUGCAAUAUACAAGAAAAAGUGUCAGCCACUGGCAAUGGGAAAAAAAAAAAAACCUCUCUCUCAUUGUUUUUCCCCUAAUAAAUUUGUGACUUAUUGGGGGAAAAAAUUACAUUGUAUAGAGAUAGUGUUUGUUUGAUUUUGAUUUGUCUUUUAUAAAUCGGGUCUUUUAAAUAAAGUGUCUCUACUUGACAGGGAGUAAAGUUUAUGUAUGACUGUGUGACUGGCAACCAGAUUGAAAACAAUUAUGGAUGUAUCAUGGCAGAUGAAAUGGUUUGUAUAGACUGUCAUUUCUAUUUACUGCUUACUGGUUUGUAUAGACUGGUUUCUAUUUACUGCAUGUUGGUUUGGUGUUUUUUCUGUUUACUGCUUGUUGAUUUGUAUAGACUAUUAUUUCUCUUUACUUUUUGUUUUCUUGUUCAAGAAUUCUGUAAGAAAAAGAUUAUUACUAUAUUAUCUUGAUUUAAAAUCAAGAAAACUUGUUUUAAAUUUAUAUAGUCAUGUAAACAUAUGAAUUUAUUGAUCAUUUGCUUUUUUUUAUUUAAGAAUUAAUGUAUACCCAUUAAGUCAUCACAGGAAAUGAAAUAUUACAGAAUGUUUAAUUUUUCCUAAAAGGGUCUUGGAAAAACUCUGCAGUGUGUCACUUUAAUUUGGACACUUUUAGUAAGUAUUGUCAAACUUUUUCCUUUGUGUUGUAAUUUUAACUAGCUUUUUUCUACAGCUUAACAUAAUCUAAGAUAAAAAGUCAUGUAAUAUUUUCACUUUCCUGAAAUUUUAAACCGUUUUUGUUGAUUUAAAAGUAAGUUAUUGUAUUUUAUCAAAAUUAAUUUUCUUGAUUCAGCGUCAGAGUCCAGAUUGCUGCCCUACUGUGACCAAGGUCAUUAUCGUUUGUCCCAGCAGUUUAGUGAAGGUAUGUCAAGGUCGUCAUUGUUUGUUCCAACAGUUUAGUACUGUGUUAGUUAGUUUGCAUGUAUUAAAGUAGACCACCUUCGGUUAAAGUUACAUUCAAAAAAGCUAUCUUUCUACUAAUUUAUAUGUAAAAUGAAUAUACUCUGACCUGGCCACAAAUGUAAAAUGAAUGUAUUCUGACCUGGCCACAGUUGUAAAAUGAAUGUAUUCUGACCUGGCCACAGUUGUAAAAUGAAUGUAUUAUGAUCUGGCCACAGUUGUAAAAUGAAUGUAUUCUUACCUGGCCACAGUUGUUAAAUGAAUGUAUUCUGACCUGGCCACUGUUUUAAAAUGAAUAAACUCUGACCUGGCCACCAUUGUGAAAUGAAUAUACUCUGACAUGGCUGACAAUGUAAAAUUUAAACUCAAGACAUCUAAAUUAUUUCUCUAGCGUAGAAAUCAGCCAUCAAUGACCUCCUUUAGUGAGAAUAAGACUUAAUUGGGGAUUAUUUAGAUUUUGUAAUCACUGUGGUAAAUUCGUACUGACUUUGCAACCAAAUAAUUUCUAUAUCUUUCGGUCCUAACUUUAUUAAAAAGAAAAUUUAUUUUUCUUUAGGUAGUUCCUCAAGUGAAGGAUGUUUAGUUUGUGUGAUGUUACUAGCUUUCUUGAUUAGUCGAUUAUUUAAUCGGUUUUUGAUGACACCAGCAGUUACACUGAAGUUUAAUAGGCUUUGAAUUGCUCCACUGUAUAAUGAGUUAAUAACACUUGUUAGUUUACGCCAAAUUAAAAUUGUACAAUUUUUUUUAAGAUAGAAAAAUCUUUGGUUGAAUUUGGCUCCAUUCAAGCCUUGUUAGCUUAUUAUUAAUUGUGAUUCAUAGGUACGGUAUGUAUGUUCUCUACUUGCUCUAUACUGUGAUUAUUGCUAUAUCUGUAAUUGUGUGAUUUCCCCCCACUCCAGAAAUCUAAGAAUAAUUUAAAACUUUAAUCUACAUUACAGAACUGGCACAAUGAACUUGGAAAGUGGCUGGGAACAAGAAUCCAAGCUCUGGCCAUUGACUCUGGGACCAAAAGUGAAAUUGAUAGAAAUCUUGGUAAAUGUCAGAACAGUAUAAUAUAUAUUAGUGUCACAAUUUUUGUUGUCAUUUUAAAAUGUUAUCUUUUAUUCCCAUUUAUUUGUGCAAGCUUGUGUCUUUGGUCUUUGAGAGUUACCACUUUAUUUCCAGUUCAUUUUAUGCAGCAACAGAAUAGGAGGAUUCAGUUUCCUGUACUGAUCAUAUCUUAUGAAACCUUUCGCCUACAUGCAUCUGUUUUACACAAAGGAGAAGUGGGUUUAGUCAUCUGUGAUGAGGUAACAAACCCUUCCAAUCAGCGUACUGUGUAGCUGUUUAAUGGUGCAACUAAGACAGUCACACAUAAAAGUACUUGUCAAAGCAUUACACAUAUAUUAUGUUCAUUUAAGGCAUUUCAUAUUAUUUUUAAAACAUUUUAUGGUAAAUUUAAGGCAUUUAUUUUGUAAGAGGCCAUCCAUAUAUAACUACAGUGGUGUUAAUAUUGCAUAUGCGUUCAUAUGGCGGGGGGAGGGGGAAUGUCUUGACAGAAAGUAUGUACAGUUAUGCACAAAUUAUGCAAUAAUUAUUCUGACAUUCUUAAAUAUCUCUAAUAAAGCCAGCUGUCACUAAAAGAUCUUCUAAAUCCAUGAUUUCUAAUUAAUUUAAAAAAGGCUAUAAAAAUAUCAUAGUAGUGUUUCUUAAUCGUCGUUAUACUGUUGCUCAAUAGAUAUCUCCAGAAUACUAUGCAGCCUAAUGACUCACUGCAGUACAUCUACCAUGAGAUGUCAUGGUGGGGAAUUAGGGGUGACCCACGACGAUUUUAAACAUGCUUUAUGGCUGUGCUUUCCAAACAUCUUUACCGACGCCCUCACCUGAUCAUCCAAAAUAGGGGAGGGGGGAGGCACGUCACCAUGCUGCUUUAAAGAAGAUUGAAUUUCAAUUUUACUACCAAUUUAAGGCCUUAAGAUAACAUUACAAAUGAUUGAAAUAAAUUUGUUUUAUAUAUCUUUAUUUGUAAAAAUAAGGGGUCGGAGGUUAUAACUUAAAUACUUUUCAUGUGAUGGAGUGACUAUAAUCCCAGAGACUAUAAUGUGCUCCUAUAAUUUUUAAAUUUCCUCUCCGUUUGGGCGUAUGCCACAGUUGGGGGUCUGAAAUAUGAUUUAGGUGGGGGUUUUUUUUCAUACGUAUUAUACGGAUGGCCCUUUAUGAAAACUUGUCACAAAUAUAUUAAAUGUCUGGCCUUUUAUAGUAAAUAAUCAGCCUAUUUAUGUAUUCAUUAUCGUAGGGUCACAGACUGAAGAACUCUGAGAAUCAGACUUAUCAGGCAUUAACUUCACUCAAUGCAAAGAGGAGAAUUCUUUUGUCUGGUACACCUAUUCAAAAUGAUUUACUAGAAUACUUCAGUCUGCUCCAUUUUGUCAACAGAGGAAUUUUAGGUAGGUGCUGGUUGGCUACUUCAGUCUGCUCCAUUUUGUCAACAAAGGAAUUUUAGGUAGGUGUUGAGUUAACUCCCUUUGUUAGAAACUAUGGUAUUCUAACUUGUGUUUAAAACAUAUUAUCUUCUCUUGGCAUUGAUCACUACCGUAACAGAAAUAAUCUAGUUCAUCAAAUGAGGUAGGAUCAUUAGAUAUAUUUGUGUAUCAUAUCUCUCUGCAACUUUAGGAACUGCUCAGGAAUUCAAAAGAAAAUUUGAAACCCCAAUUUUGAGAGGAAGAGAUGCUGAUGCUACAGAUGAUGAUCACAAGAAGGGAGAGGAGAAACUACAAGAGGUAAUCAAACAGCCAUGUGUGUUCAUUCUUAUUUUAACCCUAGCACUGUCAAGUGCCUUUUUCUGUGUGGUAUAUUAAAAUGUAUACUUGUAAAGGUCUCUGAAUUAAUUUAGAUUGGGAUUUUGUCAUUUUUGACAAGCAUGUGAAAAUGUUUGAAACGGCUUGACACUACAGAAAAAUACACUUUAAAGUUACAGGGUUAAAUCAUUUGCUUGCAUUUUUAACGAUGAUUUUGCUAGCAGCCAAUUACAUUGGCCAUGACACCGCAGAAAGGGGUAUAAUGACAGACCUAGGGCUGUUAUGACAGUUAUAGCAUUAAAUUGAAUGGGAAACUAUCAAACUUAAUAUUGCUCGACACACAGGAGGCACACACACAUUUCUUAACACACUUUCCUUAUCCUUUUCCUGUUUUGUUUCAGCUGUUGUCCAUAGUAAACAAGUGUAUCAUACGAAGAACUCAGGCUCUCCUCACUAAAUAUUUACCUGUCAAAAGUAAGUUCUUCCAUUUAGAACACCUGUCAAAAGUAAGUUCAUCGAUUUAGAACCCGGUGGUAACAAACAAAAAUUCAAUUCAUUAAGAGUUUUUCUCACAAUUGCUUCCACAUUUGUUGGAGUUGAUAGUAUAACACAUUUAAUUUCCCACCCCCAUCCCUUUUAUGUUGCAGCUGAACAUGUCAUCUGCUGUAAGCUUAGUCCGCUACAAGAAACACUGUACACGAAGUUUGUCUCAUCAAAAGUGGCACAGAAUUUAGUCUCUGGUAAAGCUUCAGUAAGCAGCCUAUCAGCCAUCACACAAUUGAAGAAAUUAUGUAAUCGUAAGUAUGGGGCUGUAGCAUUGGUCUUUCUUUGAUUAUUUCCUCUUUAAGUCUCUUUUGAUUUCUUUCAUUAUAAAUCAAGUUUUAAAAUUGUAUAAACAUUAUUUCAUGGCUUUUAACACUAAUGUGGAAGUAAACUUACCGUGUAGUUCUUUUUUUAAAUUUAAAACUUAUUAUUGAUAUUGGUUUAAUAUUUCAGUCCUUAAGACAUAAAUUAAAGGUGCAUAGGGUUUUCAAAUCUUUUCUUGCAACUUUCUCUUUGAUUUUCUGUAACACGUGAUUCAAAAUGUAAAGUCUUUUUAUUUAAAAGAUUAUUUUAACCAUGCAAAAGUGAUGCUGACAAGAAGGGGAUACAAGAUUUGAUUUUUAAAUAGUUCUUGUGUAGUACAAGAUGUGACAAUAUUUCCUUGGUAUCAUGAGAUCUGACAAUAGAUCCUGUCUAGUACAAGAUGUGACAAUAGUUCCUUGGUAUUAUGAGAUCUGACAAUAGAUCCUGUCUAGUACAAGAUGUGACAAUAGUUCCUUGGUAUUAUGAGAUCUGACAACAGAUCAUGUGUAGUACAAGAUGUGACAAUAGUUCCUUGGUAUCAUGAGAUCUGACAAUAGAUCCUGUCUAUUACAAGAUGUGACAAUAGUUCCUUGGUAUUAUGAGAUCUGACAAUAGAUUCUGUCUAGUACAAGAUGUGACAAUAGUUCCUUGGUAUUAAGGGAUCUAAGACAAUAGAUCAUGUGUAGUACAAGAUGUGACAAGUGUCCCUUGGUAUUAUGAGAUCUGACAAUAGAUCCUGUGUUAGUACAAGAUGUGAGAAUAGUCCCUUGGUAUUAUGAGAUCUAACAAUAGUUCCUGUGUAGUAAAAGAUGUGUCAAUAGUUCCUGUCUCAUUAGUGAUGUUGAGAAGAAGAAAGGUGCUCAAAUAGUUCCUGUCUCAUUAGUGAUGUUGAGAAGAAGAAAGGUGCUCAAAUAGUUCCUAUCUCCACAGAUCCAGAUUUAAUACAUGACAAGUGUGUAGAAGGAAUUGAUGGGUUUGAGAACACAAUUGGACACUUCCCUGCAGACUACACAACCAAGACGGUCAAACCAGAACUAUCAGGUAACACCAGGACUUCACUCAUUUAAAUUAAUUUCUUUAAACUUCGAGCUAUGCUGUUUUGUGGGUUUUUUUCUAGUAAAAAAAUAACACAAGAAUAGCAACAUAAUUAAAAUAAAAUGUUAGCACAAGUGCUAUCAACUGUAAAUGUCAGUAGAAAAUUCAUCAGCUGUACAUGUGUAAACUGUACUUCUGUCAAUAGUAUAUACAUUAGCUGUACAUAAGUCAGCUGUAUAUUUGUAAAGAAUCUUUUGACACUAGAAUAAAAAAAAUUAAUUUAUACUUUCUUUCUUAUAACGAUUAAUUCCCGUAGAUACUAGUUCUAAACACCAUUCGUUUAUAAGGCGCCCCCCCCCCCCCCCCCUUUCCUUUUUUUCUGAACCCCCUCCCCCCCCUUUUUUUUUUUUAACAGGAAAAGCCUCAUAAGCAAACCCCAUUAAAUUAUAUGCCUGAGUAUUCAAUACAUUCCCAAUUACCAAAGAAUAUCUAGGAAUAGAUAUAAAGGCCAGCCUUACAAAAGUUUUAAUAGACUUUGACUAACUACCUUGGAUGAAUAGUGGCGCCAUCUACCUCCAGUAUUUAUAUAUAUAUAUCUAAAGCUUCUGAUAACGUCUAUGAAUCUUGUUGAAUGUACAGUAGACUAGGUAGGACUUUGGCAAUCAAAAACUAUUGCAUAAUUCAAUGUACCUGGGGAAAAUUAUAAAAAUCUCACAAGCCUCCCAACCCACUUAUUCACCUAAAUUUAUUUUUAAAUCCUCUUUAGAAUGAUUAUAUUAAGUCAAUAAUUUUUGUUUAAAUACUGGAAAUGUUAUUUGAAUUUCUCUAUUUCCAGGCAAAGUUGUGGUUCUGGACACAUUGUUAGCCCUCAUCAAAAUGACCACAGAUGAUAAAGUCGUCCUGGUUUCUAACUACACACAAACAUUAGAUCUCUUUGAGAAAUUAUGUAGGCAAAGGAAGUAGGUCAUCAUUUAUUGGAGAGUAAUAAAUUUUAAAAUUAGCAUUCCAAUAAAACUAAUUAUCUGAGGUCUGGGCAGUUUUAGGGCAAAAGUAAAUAUUAAUUACCUACUAUAAGGAACUUUUUUGUAAUUUUAUUUUUAUAUGUUUAAUUUUCUUAUGUUCUUCUCAAUAUUCCCAUGCAAAAGCUAAUAUCAGAAUUUGGUUCUCAUCAGUUAUCAGCAUGUCAGAUUGGAUGGAACAAUGACUAUUAAAAAGAGAGCAAAAAUUGUGGAGAGAUUCAAUGAUCCAUCGGUAGGGCUUUUAUAUUUCUUUUUCUUCUUUUCCUUUCACUAUUUGAAGUCACAUGUUAAUUUUUGUUGUUGUUGAAUGCACUGCUGGCAUCCUUAAGUCAGGACAUUUUAGAAUGCUCUUUCUUAAAUUUUAUCUUCUGAACAAGAUUUUACAUUUGUAUACCUACCAGUAUAUUAAAUUACUGCUUUUAAACAGAUAACCUAUUAAUACCUCACAUUUGUCGCUUAUCCCAAUGUAUUAUUUACUUGAGACCUGGUGAAGGCAGGUUAGUGUACACUAUGACUUAACUAGUCAUGCUCAUUGUACACAAUGACUUUUUUACAAUUGAAGUUAUGUUCAUUAUACACAAUGAAUUUUUAACGAUGAAGUCAUGCUUAUUGACAAUAAUGACUUUUUAAGUAUUGAUGUCAUGCUCAUUGUACUCAAUGACUUUUUAACGAUUGAAAUCAUAAUCAUUGUACACAAUGACUUUGUAACUAUUGAAGUCAACAUACACAAUGACUUUUUAACGGUGAAGCCAUGCUGAUUGUACGCAAUGACUUUUUAACUAUUGAAGCCAUGCUCAUUGUACGUUAACUAAUUACUUUAACUGGUGGAGUUUGGUUUCAUAUUUUAGAGUCCUGAGUUUAUCUUCAUGCUGAGCAGCAAGGCAGGAGGAUGUGGUUUAAAUCUAAUUGGUGCCAACAGAUUAGUUAUGUUUGACCCUGACUGGAAUCCAGCCAAUGAUGAGCAGGCUAUGGCCAGGUGCUGGAGAGAUGGACAAAAGAAACAAUGUUAUAUCUACAGACUUAUUGCGGUAAGGAUCUCAGCAUGAAAGGACAAAGUCCAUUUGAAAUUGGCCACAAUAAUCCUCCAGUUAACAUGAAACUUGAUUCAGCUUACAUAUUCAGCUACCAAAUUUUGAUUGGCACCUAACAAAAUAUAUUAUUGGUGCAAUGUUUAGCAAAGGUCUAAACUAAGCCUAGUGGAAUUCAUUGUGAUGCUGGGUUGUAGAAAAUAGAUUUAGUUUGUCCUCCAUACUAAGUAUGUGUGUGUUUGAGGAGAGUGGGGGGAGCAAAGGAGGGAGGAAGGGAUGGAGAGGGGAGCGGAGGAAGAGACGGAGAGGUGAGCGGAGGAAGAGAUGGAGAGGGGAGCAAAGGAAGAGAGGGGAGCGGAGGAAGGGAUGGAGAGAGGAGCGGAGGAAGGGACUGAGAGGGGAGCGGAGGAAGGGACGGAGAGGGGGACUUUCAGUAUUUAUGUAAAUCAGAACUUCUCCAUUUUCCAAAUACUCAAAAUCACUGGUCAUUUUGUACCUACAUACCUCCAGUGUCUUGUACCUACACACCUACAAUGUCUUUUAUGUAAACACCUCCAAUUUCUUGUACCUACACACCUCCAAUGUCUUGUAUAACACACCUCCAAUGUCUUGUACAACACACUUCCAAUGUCUUGUAACUACACAUCAAUUUGUUUUCUUUGGAAUGGGUGUAACAUUGAGGUAAGGUUAUGAACACCUCAGUCAAAACAAACACCUUUGUUAAAACAAACACCUCAGUUAAAACAAACACCUCGGUUAAAACAAACACCUCAGUCAAAACAAACACCUCAGUCAAAACAAACACCUCAGUCAAAACAAACACCUCAGUCAAAACAAACACCUCAGUUAAAACAAACACCUCAGUCAAAACAAACACCUGUGUUAAAACAAACACCUCAGUCAAAACAAACACCUCAGUUAAAACAAACACCUCAGUUAAAACAAACACCUCAGUUAAAACAAACACCUCAGUUAAAACAAACACCUCAGUUAAAACAAACACCUCAGUUAAAACAAACACCUCAGUUAAAACAAACACCUCAGUUAAAACAAACACCUCAGUUAAAACAAACACCUCAGUUAAAACAAACACCUCAGUUAAAACAAACACCUCAGUUAAAACAAACACCUCAGUUAAAACAAACACCUCAGUUAAAACAAACACCUCAGUUAAAACAAACACCUCAGUUAAAACAAACACCUCAGUUAAAACAAACACCUCAGUUAAAACAAACACCUCAGUUAAAACAAACACCUCAGUUAAAACAAACACCUCAGUUAAAACAAACACCUCAGUUAAAACAAACACCUCAGUUAAAACAAACACCUCAGUUAAAACAAACACCUCAGUUAAAACAAACACCUCAGUUAAAACAAACACCUCAGUUAAAACAAACACCUCAGUUAAAACAAACACCUCAGUUAAAACAAACACCUCAGUUAAAACAAACACCUCAGUUAAAACAAACACCUCAGUUAAAACAAACACCUCAGUUAAAACAAACACCUCAGUUAAAACAAACACCUCAGUUAAAACAAACACCUCAGUUAAAACAAACACCUCAGUUAAAACAAACACCUCAGUUAAAACAAACACCUUUGUUAAAACAAACACCUCAGUUAAAACAAACACCUCAGUUAAAACAAACACCUCAGUUAAAACAAACACCUUUGUUAAAACAAACACCUCAGUCAAAACAAACACCUCAGUUAAAACAAGCACCUCAGUUAAAACAAACACCUCAGUUAAAACAAACACCUCAGUUAAAACAAACACCUCAGUUAAAACAAACACCUCAGUCAAAACAAACACCUCAGUUAAAACAAACACCUUUGUUAAAAAAACACCUCAGUUAAAACAAACACCUCAGUUAAAACAAACACCUCAGUUAAAACAAACACCUAUGUUAAAACAAACACCUCAGUUAAAACAAACACCUCAGUCAAAACAAACACCUCAGUCAAAACAAACACCUCAGUCAAAACAAACACCUCAGUUAAAACAAACACCUCAGUUAAAACAAACACCUCAGUUAAAACAAACACCUCAGUCAAAACAAACACCUCAGUCAAAACAAACACCUCAGUUAAAACAAACACCUUUGUUAAAACAAACACCUCAGUUAAAACAAACACCUCAGUUAAAACAAACACCUCAGUUAAAACAAACACCUUUGUUAAAACAAACACCUCAGUCAAAACAAACACCUCAGUUAAAACAAACACCUCAGUUAAAACAAACACCUCAGUUAAAACAAACACCUCAGUUAAAACAAACACCUUUGUUAAAACAAACACCUUAGUCAAAACAAACACCUCAGUCAAAACAAACACCUCAGUUAAAACAAACACCUCAGUUAAAACAAACACCUCAGUCAAAACAAACACCUCAGUCAAAACAAACACCUCAGUCAAAACAAACACCUCAGUUAAAACAAACACCUCAGUUAAAACAAACACCUCAGUUAAAACAAACACCUUUGUUAAAACAAACACCUUAGUCAAAACAAACACCUUUGUUAAAAUAAACACCUCAGUUAAAACAAACACCUCAGUCAAAACAAACACCUCUGUUAAAACAAACACCUCAGUUAAAACAAACACCUCGGUCAAAACAAACACCUUUGUUAAAACAAACACCUCAGUCAAAACAAACACCUUUGUUAAAAUAAACACCUCAGUUAAAACAAACACCUCAGUUAAAACAAACUCCUCAGUCAAAACAAACACCUCAGUCAAAACAAACACCUUUGUUAAAACAAACACCUCAGUUUAAAGAAAGACUUGAACAUUUGCUGAUGAUCACCCAACAAAUAAAGCACACCCUAUGGGAAUCUUACAAAGUUCUCUAAAAGUCUUGGGGAUUCUUCUAGUUAAAAAAUUGUCUAAGGUACAGAGAAACCUGGAAAUAACGAACCUAGAAAUGGUUCUGACCUGACAUACAUGUCAACUCACCCCUCCAGACAUGGAAUGAUUUCUUAACACUGGCUGAACCUUUAAAUGGCACCAUUUCUACCCCCCCCUCCCCAUAGAACCACUUUAGCUUUGUGCCCAAGGGUUAAAGUUAUCUCCAGGUUUCACAAAAGGUCCCCAAACCUUUUAAUUAACAAGGGCCGCAUUAAACAGUGAAAGUUUGAAUACUGUUACAUGUGGGGUGUGAAAACAUGAGCUGAUACAAAAUAUGCUUCCUAACCUUUCGCUGAAGUCUACAGGGUUGUGCUGUCGUGGUUGUCACUUAUUUUCAUUCCAUUAUAGACGGGGACCAUAGAAGAAAAAAUCUUUCAACGUCAGGCCCACAAGAAGGCAUUAAGUAGCUGCGUCGUAGACAAUGAACAGGAUGUGGAGAGGCAUUUUAGUCUCGGAGAACUCAGAGAGCUGUUUACACUCAAUCUGGACACCCUUAGUGAUACACAUGAUAAGUGAGUCCUACACAUGAUUCUUAUGGUACAUCAGUUUAACACAUGAUGUGUCAGUUUAACACAUAAGUCAGUCUUACACAUCAUAAGUGUCAAAUUCACGAUGAGUGUCAAAUACAUGAUGCCUCAGUUAGUUGAGCCCACCUGUUAGUUCAAACUGUUACAUCUGUUGAGAUUAUUAUAUAAUAAGUACUUCUUAUCCCAACCUUAAAAUACAUUACCAGUCAAAGUUGUAUUUAUUUUAUUUGCCUUUGUUAUUAUAAGUAUGUGAUGAAAUCAGUUACUGCCACUCUUAUUAUUAAGCACGGCUUGGUUUUGUUUCUGACCAGGUUCAAGUGCAGGCGAUGUGUCAAUAACAUCCAGGUAAAGCCACCAGCGGAAGGGAGUGACUGUACCUGUGAUCUGUCUCAGUGGAACCACUGUGCCGACAAAAAAGGAUUGAACGAUGUACUUUUGAAAGGAGCUUGGGAAUCUGCCAUAACAUUUACCUUCCAUCACAAAUCUCACGAAGAACAGAGAAAAACUGUUUAAUUGCAUUUCUGUGAUGUUAGUUUGUAAUAUACCAAUUUGCAAAUUAACUUUUGAAUUUUUUGGUGGAGUAGUCUUAUUGCUGACAAUUGGGGUGGGGGGUGGUGAUACUUAAACAAAGAAAUUUGUUACAGAUUUAAGAUACUACAUUGUUGUCUUCCUUUGACUUUGUUUUAUGAACUGUGUUUGGAAGACAGGAGGCAAAUGUCAUUUUUUAUGUACCGGUACUUACUGAUGGAUGUUAAGUUAUAAAAUUAUUUUUAUGGAUGUAAAGUUUUUGUUUUUAUAUAGAGCAACUGCAAUAU